UCGGAAGGGGCGUGUGGCUGAUCGAGUCAGCGCUGCCGGAGCCUCUCAGCCCGCAUUUCCAUCAGCAGCAGUAGCAGCACAGAGCGGUGACGCGCCGAGCAUACAGAGGGGAUAAACUUACACAUACAAACACAUUGACGAGGACUAGUGGGCUGCUAUCUCGUGGCUGUUUCUUUUUUGACGAGGACUUCUAGUUGGUGACUAUCUCUAGCCUAUCGUUUAUUUAUUUUUUUCCCCGGUCAACCUUUGGAAGUGACUGUUCUUCUCCUCCCGAUCCAUGCUCAAAGUGUUGAUAAGCGGGGAUAUCGGCGGAUAUCACGUUGAUUAAAAGAACGAGAGAGAUAGAGAGAGCGAGAGUGAGGACUGGAGAGACAGCGCAGCGGAGCUGUAACGCGGAGAGAGGAGCGAGUUUUUCAGUGGCAUCGGCAGUGCGCCUUUUGUUGGGACUCGGGACCGUAUGGUGCAGUUUUUAGCACCGAGGUGAAGACGGUUCAAACACCGCGAAGGACAUACCUGUGUGCUGCUAUUAGUCGCUCCGGAGGACCGCUUGUGGUUGUACCCAAAGAACACGGAUAUAGGAACGCGCUCCCUCCACGCAGGGGAGAGAGAGAGGGAGAGAGUGAGAGAGGGCUGAGGGUUGCCGAGUACAACCCGAGAGGUCUGGGAGUCCUCAACACGCAGGUGAUCGCAGUUUCUUGACCCGUGCGCAUCGAUCCACGGAUUAACUCGUCUUGGAUCAUCGACCGCCUUUCUGGAGUAGGCGACGGACGGAUUGGGGUUGUUUGGUUUCUUUAUUUUCUAGAGUUGGGGUCGUCUUCUCCUGGGAGGAUAUGGCAACACUAAAAGCAUCGGCCAGAGACACGGGGGUUGGCAGCGAGGGGAAGCAGUAGCUGAUGACAGGAUGCGAGCAGCGACCUGAGAGUCACUCACAGCAGUUCCCACCCUGGUUCAAGACACUUCUGUUUUCUUUUGCGUGCGGUGAUUUCCGCCUCAUGACGCUGACUAUACCGAGACUGAAGAACACUGCCCGACACCUCUGAGGAGUUUCAUUCACGUUUUUCUUUUUGUUGCUGUUGCAUGUUUUUUCCAGUAUUUUUUAUAUCUUUUUUUGUGACUCAACAAGGAUGUAUUGUGGAUUAGACUUUAUCCUUCUAUUGGGAUUCGUCUUGGCUGUCAGGGCUUUCAAAAACGAUAAAUGUGGAGACAACAUCAGAAUCACAAAGGCAAACUACCUCACCUCGCCUGGCUACCCGGCGUCAUACUCUCCCUCACAUAAAUGUGUGUGGGUGAUAACGGCGCCUGGGCCUCACCAGCGGAUCCUAAUCAACUUCAAUCCACAUUUUGAUCUGGAGGACCGGGAGUGCAAGUACGACUAUGUCGAGGUUCGGGACGGCGUGGACGAGAGCGGUCAGCUGGUGGGCAAGUACUGCGGGAAGAUCGCCCCGUCUCCGGUCAUCUCCUCGGGGAACCAGCUCUUCAUCAAGUUCGUGUCCGACUAUGAGACCCACGGCGCCGGCUUCUCCAUCCGCUAUGAGAUCUUCAAGACGGGUCCGGAAUGUUCCAGGAACUUCACGUCCAACAGCGGCGUCAUCAAGUCCCCCGGCUUCCCGGAGAAGUACCCCAACAACCUGGACUGCACCUUCAUGAUCUUCGCGCCCAAGAUGUCGGAGAUCGUGGUGGAGUUCGAGAGCUUUGAGCUGGAGCCCGACACUACGCCACCCACCGGCGUUUUCUGCCGCUACGACCGUCUGGAAAUCUGGGACGGGUUCCCCGGAGUGGGGCCCUACGUCGGGCGGUACUGCGGGCAGAACAUGCCGGGCCGGAUCAUCUCCUACACGGGCAUCCUGGCGCUGACCAUCUUCACAGACAGCGCCAUCGCCAAGGAGGGCUUCUCCGCCAACUUCACCGUCAUCGAAAGGACGGUGCCCGAGGACUUUGACUGUACGGACCCCCUGGGACUGGAGUCGGGGGAGAUCCCGUCGGACCAGAUUGUGGCCUCGUCGCAGUACAACCCCAGCUGGUCCCCGGAGAGAUCCCGACUCAACUACUACGAGAACGCCUGGACGCCCGCCGAGGACUCCAACAAGGAGUGGAUCCAGGUGGACCUGGGGUUCCUGAGGUUUGUGUCGGCCAUCGGCACGCAGGGCGCCGUCUCCCAGGAGACCAAGAAGACGUAUUACGUCAAGUCCUACAAGGUAGAUGUCAGCUCCAACGGAGAGGACUGGAUCACGCUGAAGGAGGGCUCCAAGCAGAAGGUUUUCCAAGGCAACACCAACCCGAAGGAGGUUGCCAGGGCGAUGCUGCCAAAGCCCACGCUGACUCGCUACCUGCGCAUACGCCCUGUUGCCUGGGAGACGGGAAUCGCACUGCGCUUCGAGGUGUACGGCUGUAAGAUAUCAGAGUACCCGUGUUCGGGCAUGCUUGGCAUGGUGUCCGGCCUGAUCAACGACGCCCAGAUCACGGCCUCGUCGCAUACAGACCGCAGCUGGUCUCCGGAGAACUCGCGGCUCCUGACCAGCCGGUCGGGCUGGACGCUGCUGCCCCAGCCCCAGCCCUUCGCCAACGAGUGGCUGCAGGUGGACCUGGGCCAGGAGAAGCUGCUGCGAGGCCUGGUCAUCCAGGGGGGGAAGCACCGCGACAACAAGGUGUUCAUGAAGAAGUUCCGCCUAGGCCACAGCAACAACGGCUCCCACUUCAGCAUGCUGAUGGACGACAGCGGCAGCAGGCCCAAGAUCUUCGAGGGGAACAUGAACUACGACACCCCAGAGCUGCGGACCCUGGAGCCCCUGCUGACGCGCUACAUCCGGGUGUACCCGGAGAGGGCCGCCCCCGCUGGCAUGGGCCUCCGCCUCGAGAUCCUGGGCUGUGAGAUCGAAGCUCCCACCAUCCCCCCCACCACGCAGCCCCCCAGCGCCCCGCCGGCGGACGAGUGUGAAGACGGCCGGGCCAGCUGCCACAGCAGCACAGGUGAUGACUACGACCCCACAGAUGGCACCACGACCCCGGAGACCACCACUGCCGAGCUGGACACCGUUCCAGCCUUCCUGUGGUUCGCCUGUGACUUCGGCUGGGCCAGCGACCCCUCCUUCUGCAGCUGGACGUCCGAGGACACAGGAUCCAGGUGGCAGAUCCAGUCCAGCGGAACCCCCACCCUCAACACCGGCCCAAACAUGGACCACACAGGGGGCUCCGGUAACUUCAUCUACACGCUGGCCACCGGCCACCAGGAGACGGCGGUGGCGCGUCUGGUCAGCCCCAUGGUGAGCUCCCCCGACGCCGACCUCUGCGUCUCCUUCUGGUACCACAUGUUCGGCCCGCGCAUCGGCAUGCUGCACCUGAAGCAGCGCAAGCAGACCCCCGAAGGGCCCGCCGACGUCGUGCUGUGGACCGUCAGCGGUCACCAGGGCAACCGCUGGAGGGAAGGCCGCAUUCUCAUCCCGCACUCCAACAAACCCUACCAGGUGGUGAUUGAGGGGCUGGUGGAGAGGAAGAGCUGGGGAGACAUCGCUGUGGACGACAUAAAGAUUCUGGACGGCAUCAGCAUGGCCGAAUGCCACGAUCCGUUUGUGCCCACGGAGCCAAUGUUGCCGGAAGAUCGACUCAAUAAAAUCAUCGAGGAGACCACCGACUACCCGGACCUGGUGGUGAGCAACGAGAUCAGCGGGCCGGGCAACAUGCUGAAGACCCUGGACCCCAUCCUCAUCACCAUCAUCGCCAUGUCCGCCCUGGGCGUCUUCCUGGGCGCCAUCUGUGGCGUGGUGCUGUACUGCGCCUGCUCGCACGGCGCCAUGUCGGACCGCAACCUCUCGGCGCUGGAGAACUACAACUUUGAGCUGGUGGACGGCGUGAAGCUAAAGAAGGACAAGCUCAACGUACAGAACUCGUACUCGGAGGCGUGAGGAGAUGGAGGAGGAGAUGGAGGAGGAGGAGGAGGAGGAGAAGGAGGAGGAGGAAGAGUGUUUUUUGUGUGGCAGGGAGGACGCGCAGUGCCGAGCGCCAAUCUCCAAGAUUGUAGCGCGAGACUGAAGGCAUACUCUCUCCCCGUAUAUAUAUAGCUAUCUAUAUCAGUGAGUGGCCGGGCUAAAGGGACUGCCAGUGUUGCUAGCUCACUGGAUGAUUGACAGGUUCAGGAACCAACGGGAAGUUCAGACUGAUCCACGCUUUUCUCAGGAGCAACAGUAAAAUAAAAAAGAACCUACCAGUAGGGGGCACUGUGUACAAAUCAAAUACAAGAAAAAAAAAACUAUGUACAGAUGAUUUAGAAGAUGAUAUUUUAAUUUUGUAUUUUGAUUUUCAUUCACUUUUACAAUCGGAUGCUGGUGUUGAGACCAAUUUAUUAUAAUGUUUAAAGUAUUUAUCGUUGGGAGGAAACCAGUUUUUUUUGCUUUUGUUUUUGUACGAUCAGUUCUAGGAAGGUCUGUUUGUUUGUUUCCAUGGUUUUAAAGAGACGUGUCGAAAUCCUAAUUGAUGAACCAUACCUUUGCUAUAUCUGUGGAGUUACACCAUGGCAUACAGGGUUUGUCCAACCUAUUACGCCCUCUGCACCUCUUUCUAUGAGCGCCCCCACCCCAACCCCCAUACACACCCAAACCAACACCCACCCUUGUCAUUGCCACCCCCUUUCCCUCCAAAGUGAGGGCCCAACCUGAAAACAGAGUAUGGUUCUGACAGUGCCUUUAGUACAUCAUUGUUGGCGUCAUCUAUAAGCGUUUGUUUUCUUUGUUUCCUUCUUUUUUUGUAUUUCAUCCGCACCUCACUUAAGUUAUGAUUAAAAUGAAAAUGAGAGGGCCACGUUCUCUCUCAAGAAGGAUUCCCCCUAUGGGGUCCAAUCUGCUUUCGUUCAUUUUGUUCUGUUCGGUUCCGUUCACCUUUUGUUUGUUCUUCUGUUAAAAAAAACCCAUGUUCUGUAAAUAUGUUUUAAUAUAUUACAUUACCUUUUUCUUUUUUUUUUACAAGAAAGUAAAAAAAGAAAAAAAA